AUGGCGGGCCUCAUCCCACUCGCCCUCAGCACGAACGGUCAUUCCCCGAGGUACAGCACAUUUAUGCUGGACAACGAUCGAAGGCCGCCGCAUCGUCUCGCAUCACCUCCCAUUUCGCCCAAGUCGAAGCCCUCCAGCCGCCUGAUGCAACAGUCAACCCUUCCGACGUCCGAUGCGCUGCCGCACUCUGCGAUGGAGUGGAAAGUGGCCCUGGGAGAGGUCAAGCGGGCUUAUCUCGCCAAAAAGUACAGAUGGAGCUCGGAUCGGUGUCGAGACAUCCUGAACAACGCAAAGGCAAUGGAGACGGUCGAGCCUACCUACCUCAUCUAUCUGCGAUUUUACGCUGCUACGGCCCUCGAGAUGCAGGCUCGCGCCGCUCGCCCCUCGUCAUCCCGUCUAGGCCUCCUGCGGCAAGCCCAGGCUCACUACCGCAUUGCCGCCGACCUCGCGCGACAAGCGGAUGAGGCCAUGAGCCGGCCAUCCUCCAGAUGCAGCCUGUCCCCCGUGCCCAGCUACCGCUUUUCCACCGAUUCCGACAUCUCUCGCUCGUCCACCUCGACGAGAAUGUCCUCUCCCGUACCCUCCAUCACCUCCGUCGAGGACAGCGUGAAGCGGUCCAGCUCCGCCACCAAGCCAAAGAAGCGAGUCACCUUUUGCGACGCCCCCAUCACGGAACCCAUCGUUCGGCCUGAUUCUCCCACCUUGGGAUUCGACGACUGGAUAGGUCAGUCAUCGCCGGAACCCGUCUACCCGGAACCAAUCCUCAAGCACGUCGAAAGGGCUCCCGCGCCGAUGGAGAUGAUGUUGCCUUCAACGCCGGACCUGGUGCAGGACGAUGACGAGUCUUCUGACCCCUUCUUCUACGUUCGUGCCGUCCACCGGUAUUGCACCAUCAUCUCGAGCAUCCGCCGCCAAGUAGACUCGCACUUGGCCAUGCUCGACCAGGAGAUGGCUGCCCGCCAACUUCCGACGCCGGAAAGACCGGCAAGUGACGAGACGCGCACCGUGGAUUUGGCUGCCCGCAUCCAACGGUUGCGCGCCAACGGUUGGCGCCGCACACGAUUCGAUGCCCAGCGUUACGAGGCUCUUUGCGAGAAUGCACUGGCCGACUUGAACGAAUAG